AUGACCAAGGAUCCGCGACUAAAUCAGGAAGCGUUUCAACCUCCUCUAGCCCCGCUAGCCCCCACUACACCGGAUUUUUCAGAUGUUGUGCAAGGCGAAGAUCUCGAGUUUCGACGAAGAGCAGAUCACUAUACUAUUCCCAUAACACACAAGAUUGAGACUCUAGGAUAUAUCUCUCCACCAAAUAUAUUAUCUCGAUGUUCAACUAGUCAAUUAAUCACAUUAGCUGGUGCUGCUUCGGGUUUCUUUGCCGGUGUUGUGGUUUGCCCGUUAGAUGUUAUUAAAACCAAAAUUCAAGCACGAGGAGGAGCCGAGGGAAGUAGAACCGGAAGAGUAAAAGGAGAAAAAGGAUUCAAAGCAAUGGGGUUUCUUGAAACAUUAAAGUCAACACUACGUCAUGAGGGUGUGAGGGGGCUUUAUCGUGGGUUAGUUCCCAUUACUAUAGGCUAUUUACCAACAUGGACGAUUUAUUUCACAGUUUACGAGAAAGCCAAGAACUUUUAUCCAAACUUCUUAUCGUCACAUUGGGGUUUCCAUAGCUCAUCGUUGAACCAUUUCUGUGCAGCGGUCACAGCUGGAAUGGCGAGCUCAAUAGCAGUAAACCCAAUCUGGGUGGUCAAAACACGUUUAAUGGUGCAAACAAAUAAACCAUCGACAUCCCCCAAUGAUGUUCAAUACAAGGGGACAAUCGAUGCCUUUAGGAAGAUGUAUCGAGAAGAGGGUAUAAGAGUGUUUUACAGCGGGUUAAUCCCCUCGUUAUUUGGACUACUCCAUGUCGGUAUACAUUUUCCAGUUUACGAGAGAUUGAAAACUUUGUUGCAUUGUAAUACUAUUGAUCAACAACAUGAAACACCACAUUUGCUAUGGCGACUUAUAGCAGCCUCCUCGAUUUCCAAGAUGUUUGCCAGCACAAUAACAUACCCACAUGAAAUUCUUCGAACUAGAUUACAAAUUAGGCAUAAUGCAGAGAAAGAUGGGAAUGGAGACGGGACAAAACUGCUGAGAAGUAGUAGUAGUAGUAGUGGCGGUAGUAGUACUACUAGUAGUCGUCGUCGUACUAGCAACCCAAAGUCGCUGUCAAAAUUGUUAUCAACAGUGAAAAAUACACCAACAAGUCAAUGUUCAAACAAGCCGUCGUUGUUGAAAGUGAUAUCUAAUAUAUAUCACCGAGAGGGACUUCGAGGUUUUUAUGCUGGUUAUUUUACAAACUUGUUGCGAACAGUUCCUGCUAGUGCUGUGACAUUGGUCAGUUUUGAAUACUUCAAGACGUAUUUAUUAGAUAUAAGUGGAAAAAGCGGUAAGUUGACCAAUUGA